GGAUAUGAGGUAUAGCUGAAGCACUGCUCAGUGCGGGAGAGUUGCACAGUUCACAGAGAAGACACCAGUGGUGUCUGAAUGGCUGACAAGCACACAUCAGGAGACAGCAGGAAUUACUUCAAUGGCUCUCUGUUGGAUCAUAAGGUUUACACAGCUAGUGAUUCUACUGAAGAGGAGCCAGAGGACCAAAACCUGUGGCCCAGACCUCUGGCUCGAAAAUGGAUCCUGACACUGUUUAUGGGCACCUGCCUCCUCUACUGUGCCAGGAUGGUCAUGCCAAUCUGUGCAGUGUCAAUGGCAGCCUCUUUCCACUGGAGCAAGAUCGAUUCCGGGCUGGUUCUCGGUGGAUUCUUCUGGGGUUACUGUUUCACACAGAUCCUGGGAGGACAUGCCAGUGACAAAUUGGGAGGAGAGCGUGUCCUGUUCUUCUCUGCAGCCUUGUGGGCUCUGAUCACAGCUGGUACUCCCCUUCUGGCCCAGUUAGGCUCUCACACCCUCUCUCUCAUGACUAUGGCCAGAUUCCUUAUGGGACUACUGCAGGGUGUUUUUUUCCCAUCUUUGGCCAGCCUUUGCUCACAGCGUGUAGUGAAAGGAGAAAGAGGGUUUUUAAUGAGCACCAUGCACAGCGGUAGCUAUCUUGGAACAUUGUUAGCGGGUGGGAUGGGGUCCCUGAUGCUGGACUGGUACGGCUGGGAAAGCAUGUUCUACAGUAUUGGUUUCCUGUCCGGACUCUGGGCACUCUUUGUUUGGCUGUGUUUCUUAAAAGGUGAAGUUGCUCCCAAGCGGAAGGAAUCGACUAAAGACCCACAAUGGACUUUGUCAAGAACACGCUGGUGGAGUCUUCUUAAGAAGCCACCUGUCUGGGCCAUGGUGUUUGCGCACAUGUGUAUGUGCAGCACUUCCAACACUUUAUUGUCUUGGUUGCCAACAUACUUCAAAGAAUCAUUUCCACAUGCUGGGGGAUGGGUGUAUAAUGUAAUUCCAUGGCUAGCUGCAAUUCCAUCAGCAUUUGGUGGAGGAUAUGUAUCAGAUUUUCUCAUCAACCAAGGAUAUUGUGUUGCAUCUGUGAGAAAGAUAAUGCAGAUCUUUGCCAUGGGAGUAUCGAAUAUGUUUAUUUUGCCUCUGUGUGGAGAUGUCACAUUUCCCUCUGCUGUGAUUUUCGUCUCUGCUGCUAUGAGUGUAUCCACCUUCACUAGCAGUGGAGUGUCUGUGAAUGUGCAGGAUCUCACCCCAUCAUGUGCUGGUGCCCUCUAUGGUUUCAUGAAUAUGUUGGGUGCUUUUAUGGGACUGAUGUUGGUCUCCGUGUCAGGUUACCUGAUUGAGGUCACGCUGUCGUGGGCCAUGGUGUUCUCCCUCAUCAUGUUAGUAAAUGCCACAGGCCUUGGGGUUUUCCUCAUCUAUGGAGAUGCUCACCGUGUCGACCUGGAAGAGUGAUUAUUGUGAUUUGACCCAGACCUUUUGUUGCAAAUUCCAGUCUGUAUCUGAUUUGUGAGACUGGACAUUGCAUUUAAAUCUCUAUCCAUAGUCGAUCACAGUUUGUCGAAAUGAGAGUUCAUUUUGAGGAGUUACUCUUUACUGAAACUGGCUGCAGAAAAAAUGUAAACACAGUAUAGUGAACACAUAACUGCAGUUUUGGAUGGUAUAAAGUGGUGUUUUCUUUGUAAUUUUUUUGACACAGGAUUCACAGUUUUGCUGAUCAUAAAGUACGUAGAAAUACUGGAGAUUUCCUCUCUUGAAAAUGAAGGAACUUGAAUAUUGCAGGCAAGUUUUUGUUCUGUUGUCACUCUGGAUAACACUGUCUGCUAAAUGUGACUGCAUUGUAUGAAUGUUUAUGACUGUAUAAAUAUUUAAUGUAGAAAGUUUGGUUUUCACACAGAAAUGUUCACAUUAAUAAUGACUACAUGCUGCUGGUGUUAUAUCUAAAACAUGGCACGUAUUCAGAGAUGAAUUAUAGCCAAACUCUAUCAGCGCAAAUUGAGACGAGGUAAAGAAUUUCUAUUUGUCAGAGUGGUUGACAUGAGACUGAGGGAAAUAAAACAUACAGGUUCAUUUUUCUUAAAGGAAAAGGCCAAAACCAACAAUGCGUAUAGAAUAUCACCAGACUUUUCCUUUAACUGAUCCAACGGAAAUUUGGAUUAAACACCUGCUGUUAAGAUUCUCCAAACAAUGUCCAUUUAUUUUGUUUAAGUUGGAAGUUAUGCACUGCUAAGUUAUAUCUGUUAGCCCUGUGUUUGGUUUGCUGUAGGCCAAACCCACUAGAACUAGUGCAGUGCCAUUAAUUUCACACUUGACGUGACCAAAAAUAUUUAAAAAGAGCUCUAGUGUAUAUAUAUUUAUAAUAACAUUAAUAUAAAUAUUUGUUCAACUAAACACUUUUUAUGUAGUGUUUCAGUGUUUUUGUGGUAUUGUACAGUUGACUAUGGUGUUUGUAAAUUAUCACACAUUUGUAUUGGUGUUUGUGAUAUAUCAAAAUGUUAAUGAAGGACCUUGUUUAAUAUCCAAAAAGACUCUUUUUGACAGAAAAUGUUUGAGUUUUCUAUGUGUGUUGCUUUAAUUGGGUGAAAUGUUUUAAAUGAUGAAUUUGAUUGUAUUGAUUCACCAAACUGUAUGCCAUCCAUUUUUCUUCAUAUUUCUUUAUUCCAUUGAGUGUCGUCAGUACUAUCAGAUGAUUCUGUGAAUCCAUGGCACAAAUAAUUUAUUGGUGUAGAAAUACAACACAAGACUAAGGAGUAUGACUGACACACACACACACACAUCCAUCAUUCCACAUAUAGCAACAUGUACAUAUAGAGAUCAUAUUUUCUAAGAAGGAGAUAAAGUAACAUAAUCUAUGACAUGUUGAAUAAAUCCAAGUAAACAAUCAGAUAAAAAAGAAAUAAAAAUGAGAUAUAGCUAAAUAAACAUUAGUUAACAACA